CUCCUCUCGAUCCCGUUACCGCCGCUAGCACACCGCAUAUAUCACGAGUUUCUUCUUGGUGUUCUUUUUUCCUCUCGCCUCACCCACGAAGAUGACCGCUUGAUAGCGCCCCCCAGAUUUUGAAUGGACUCUGUUUGUGAGCACACCCUAGAGCUGUUUUUGGAUUACACGAAAUUUGGAAAUCGACAACCUUUUUAUGGAUUUUGAAGGAUUCCAGAACAGAUGAUCGUGCGAAAUGAAGAGACACAACGUUAACCCGGCGCUGUGGAUUCUAGUCAUUGCUCUUCUCCUGAAGAAUUGUAUGGCAGGUCCUUCUUCUGCUUUCAAGUUGAAGAAAAAUUCGACUUCAAUCGAAAGCAGAGGUCUCACGCCACAAGCAAGCAUCGGGAUUCCGCGAAGACUUCCAUCGCCGUGGGCAGGAAAGCUGCAAAACCUCAGAGGACGACCGCGGCAACGAAUGUCCACAACAACCACCACUACAACUACAACACCUGCUCCAGAGACAGAAACGGAGAUCCUGGUGAAUACCACCGACAAAGACUCAACAUUCAGGAAGCGAAUGGACAUAUUCGACAGCACAGGUUCUGAGAACCCUCUUUCCGUGGUUUGGCCAUUGCGGGCGAGACCGGCUGCCUCAAAGCGGUUUCGAAUACCGACCCCAACCACCCCAGCUCCGCAGGUGCUGCUGAAACUCCUGCAGCCAAAGCCCACCAGGCCAGCCAUCUACAGUUUGGAUGGCUUCGUCCCAAAGCCUUCUAUACAGAGGAUUGUAUCCACGGAGGCCCCUCCGCAUUUCAAGAAGACGGAUUUGCAACUGCUGUCCAGUAUUCCUAGAAGAAGAAAGUUCACAAAAUUAGUUGGCAAUACUCUACCUAGCUGA